AUGGCAGCCAAAGAUCCAACAUGGAUGGCUGCCAUGAACGAAGAAUUUGAGUCUUGCAACAAAACAACAUGUGGACCUUACCGUGCAGACACUUCUCUCUUUAUUUUUCUCAAAGACUCAUGCAUUAUUUACCUACUGGUUUAUGUCGAUGAUCUCAUUCUUACGAGAAACAAUGAAUCUGCCAUUUCCACCUUUAUCUCUCAUCUCAAUCACGAAUUUUCCAUAAAAUACCUUGGGGAACUAAAUUACUUCCUUGGCCUUGAAGCUGCCUACACGGACAACGGUCUCUUCUUAUCACAGACCAAAUAUGCUCGUGAUAUUUUCAUGCGGGCUGAGCUUUUGGACUCCAAACCUGUCAGUACACCUUUGGCUCCACAUAAAUCCUUUACAGUGGAUGACCUGCCCUAUUCUGAUCCUACACUUUAUAUGUCGUUAGUUGGAGCCCUUCAUUACUUAACCAUAACUAGACUAGACUUAUCUUAUGCCAUUAAUCAAGUCUCUCAGUUCCUUCAUGCUCCAACCAUCGAUCAUUUCCAAGCUGUUAAGAGAAUACUUCAGUAUGUUAAAGGCACCAUUUCCUUUGGUCUAACUUAUAGUCGUCCUCACAAAGCUUCUGUCGUCGGUUACUCUGAUAUUAAUUGGGCUUGCUGUCUUGAAACACAUCACUCUACUUAUGGUUAUUCAGUGGUUUUUGGUGGAAAUCUUGUUUCCUGGAGUGCCAAGAAACAACCAACGGUCUCCAGGUCCAGUUGUGAAUCCGAGUAUAGGGCAAUGGAAAACACGGCUGCAGAAAUUGUUUAG